CUGAUGGACACUACUCUUCGUGAGGAAAGAGAAAAAACAACAACUGGAUAGUAAUCCGGGGAACUUUCUUAUUGUUUCGGAUCUUUUGUUCCCGAAAUGUCGGAAGAAGUAAACAUCAACAUGUUCAACGCGGAGGUGGGCCCUUUACUGGACUCAGUGGCAUAUACUCCUGUCACCAUGACAUCUGAACAGGUGCGAUGGCAGGACUGUACACAGACAUGCCUGUCAGACUCAGAGGAGGCAACUGUGAGCUUACAAUCUGUAAACCAACCAGUGCAGCUUCAGAUUGUCAACAUGACCAGUGGGGAAACCCUGACAUCAGACAACCAGACGUAUCCUGUGCUGCCAUCCAGUGAGGCUGUGAUUACAACCCCUGGGGCAGGGUACACGCCUCACCCUGACCUGCUCAGACUGUCCCAAGGUGGCUCAACCCAGUCUCAUGACCCCUCACAGCCAGACUGUCCAGCUGACCUCCCAUCUGUUUCGUCUUCAGAAGACACUGUCGCCUUUCUUACAGAUGUUAUUUCCAUGCCUUCCCCUCCUUUCAAGGUGUUCCGGAAUGUGACAGCAGUGUUGUCUGAAAACUUGUUAGCGGCCAUUCCUGGGUGUCAGUCAGUGGUACUGGGGAGUCUGCAGUCAGAUUUUGGUGUGCAGCUGUUGUCUGGUCAAACUGAUACAGGCAUACAGGAGAUCCACAUCACAGGGGAUCUCAAGGCCCUGGGUAAGGUACAGCGCCACCUGGAAGACAUGUGUGGCAUCACUAAUAGCAAGGCAGACUGUGAUAUUCCUGAGCUAGAAGUUUCAGAACCUGAAACUACCUCUGUUAAAGGACCUGAUGUGAAAAGUUUACCAAGAACUGAAGACAAAAGUGUAUUCUGUGAUAUCCUCGUGCCCUUGAUCUCCCAGCGUGGCAGAGUUAUCAAACCUCAUUCAAAGUACUCGAACUAUCUGCAGACAAUGUCCUUGUUACAUGAGGGUGACCUUGAAGAAGAGCCCGUGGAUCGACGAAAGCGGAAGGCAGCCGGCUCAAGGACUGCGUCAUCACUGGAAGGGUCCACUGUGAAAAAACCAAGAGAUUCAACAAUUUCCUCCAGAAACUUGAGAAGUUUGAAAGAAUCAAAAUCUGGUGAUUUGAACUCUGGUGACAAUGUUGCCACCCCUCCCCUCUGCGAUCUGGAUGCCGGGGGUGAGGACGCCAGAGAUGACGAUUAUUUGAGUGGUCUUUGUGAGGGUACAGAAGCCAACCCCAUGCCUGACCCCCUCAGGACAGAAGCCGCCACAGAGACCGCUAGCCCUGGUCAGUCAACAGAAGAGAGGAGAGUUAAACUUAAGAAAGACUAUGAAAAACUGGCCCCAUUCAAAUUCUUCUGUAAAAAGUGUUCUUUUAAAACUAAACGUCAGAGCCACUUCUUGAAUCACAAAAGAUUGCAUGACAAGCAUGUGGAGCUGCUUCGCUGCGGGAAAUGUAGCUUCACCAGUCUCAGACUGAGCCAUUUGCGAAGACAUGAGGCCAGCCAUAGUGCCCAGACGUUCAGUUGUGGCAAGUGUAGGUAUCAUACAGACCAGGUCAAGCUGUUACAGCGGCACUACAAGAAGAAACACGAACUGACAGAAGACAAACCCAAAAGUCCAGAAGUCCUAUCCUGUCACAGCUGCAAGUACACCACCACCAGGCGUUUCCACUACGAGCGCCACCUGCGAACCCACCCCGACGAGACUGACCUGGAAUCAUUGGCUGCUCCCAAGACAUUCGAGUGUGAGCUGUGUUCAUAUGUGACCCACAGGAAGGAGUGUCUGUAUCGUCACAGGAGCAACGUGCACUCGGAGAAGAGACCCUACCUCUGUGACCUGUGCGGCAAGUCAUUCAAGAGACCUGAUGCCCUGGCACAACACAAGGUCACCCACAUUGACAAGGGCAUGAGAGUUUACCCGUACAAAUGUCAGCAUUGCCCCAAGUCCUUCAGGUCACGGGGACACCUUAAUGACCACCUGGACUCGCACUCAAACCAGCGUGCACACCUGUGUCACAUCUGCGGUACCUCCUUCAAGACACGCUCGGUACAGAGGAAGCACAUACAGUCCAUCCACAAAAAUCCCAAGUCCUUCCAGUGCAACAGCUGCGAGAGGAAAUUCAACACAAAAUUCUCACUCAACCGUCACUGUCGUACUUGCAUGCAGGAGGUGACAGACUUAACCGCUGACACAAUGUCACCCAUCUGUGACACUCAAGAUGUGCUUGUGUCAGAAGUGACUGCUGCAGCCAAGCAAAUCCAAGUCCAGCAAGUACAUGAUGUGAUAGUGCCCUCUGUUGGCGAGAUGUACAACCAAACAGGGGAGACAAGUCAACACAUAUUAAAUAUACACACAACAGAUGGACGCCCAACAUUACUCUAUUUGAGUGGCUUUCAAGCCUUUCAAGACCCUGCCUGAUCUUUUCUUGGUGUUGCAUAUAAUUCCAUUAUAAAUAAAUUUUAAAGUUAUUGUGCUGGAAUUUUCUAUUUUACAUCUAUUUAUUUCAUAAUAUAAACUUGUUUGUCAUUCUUCCAGUAUUUCGGAUUGAGUGUUUUUUUUUUAAUCAAAAAAUACACCAAGUGGGUUUGUGUCUUUCAUUUAAUGCAGGAAGAUGUUGCGGAAAAGUGUUCUUUUUCCAUUGCCUGGACAGACAUCUGUAGAUUUCACCGUUUGUACUGCUAGUGGAGCCUUUGAAGACAAUAAACUGUCAUUGACACUCGUAUGACCCUUUCUGCAUCCUAAUGCACAUUGGGGACCACUUCUCUCCUACCAGUACAACGUGUAUAUGUAUAUCUCAUGUGGGAAAGUUUGUCAGUGACUUGCCAGAAGUUGGAUGGUUUAUUGUAGGCACUCCAAUUUCCCCCACCUGUAAAACUCACCGCCAUCAUAUG